UCUUCUCUUGCUCCUGGGUCUCUGGCCCUGGCAGUCUCUGUUACAUUAGGACUCCAGGUCUAGGCCAGAACAGGAUUCAUAGGCACGGCUGCUUCUGCUGUGAGUAGACUGCAUCCAAAAAGCUAAGGGAGCUGGGUGAGUUCUGGGAGUUUAGAUUCUCACUGAAGUCACUGUUGGGGUGAUUCCCAGCCCUUCUUGUGACCAAACUGUGGCUUAGGACUGACUCAGUUUGCACAUAAACGACUCCACUCCGUGGCAGCUCUGAAACAACACCGCCAUAAUGGAAAAAGAGUUACUCAUUGUACACCCUCAGCCGAUGAACAUCCAGGAUAUCAAUCAUCGUGUGUGGGUCCUUCAGGGCCAGACCCUUAUAGCAGUCCCGAGGAAGCACCACACGGUUCCUGUCACUGUUUCCUUAGUCACAUGCCAACAUCUGGAGACCCUUGAGGAAGACAGAGGGAACCCCAUCUACCUGGGGCUGAAAGAGCCGGAGCUCUGCCUUUUUUGUACAAAGGAUGGGGAGUGGCCCACACUGCAACUUAAGGAACAGAACAUAAUGGAUUUGUACAACGAACCCAAGCCUGUAAAGCCCUUUCUCUUCUACCACAGCCAGAGUGGCAGGAACUGUACCUUUGAGUCCGUGGCCUUCCCCGGCUGGUUCAUUGCUGUCAGCUCUGAAGGAGGCUAUCCUCUCAUUCUUACCCAAGAACUGGGGAAAGCCCAUGUCACUGACUUUGCUUUAGUGACUUAAGAUACGUUUCUCUGUGGUGUUGUAUCAAGACCUUCUGAAACCUGAUAAGAAGAAGCAGACAUAGAAGUUCCAUCAAAAAGAAGAGACCAGAAAGAAAGCUGAGCCUCUCCUGGGCUUGGCUUAUGUCUUAGUGAAGUUACAUAUUUUGGUGCUGGUUUGGAGGAAGAACUGCUGUAGUUUAUGAAGCUUUCACCUAAAGCCUUAUCACUGGA